AUCCCAUUUUCUUGGGGUCCCGCCCUGGAUCUUGGGCCCCCUCCGGCUGGGGGCUGUGGGCCUGGGGUAUUGGGGUUCAGUCCCUCCCGCCUCAGCAAGGCUGCCCGAGUCCUUGGGUGCCUUGGCCUUAAUGCCAGUUCCGUCGCUCCCUGACGGGAUCCUCUGUGUGAUCGGCCGAGAAGUGGGCCUCCUCCGGCCCCACCUCGCACCCCGCGAGCUUGCCGAGGGCGGCCCGAAGGAGCUGGCAGGUGUCCGCCUGUCCCUCUUGCCUUGGGUGUCCAGUCAGCUGUGAAGGCUGGGUGACUUUGAACUUGAUGGACCCAAGACCUGUCUCGUGAGGUAUAAACCAGCCCAAAAGCAAGAUGGCGUUUGUCGCGACACAAGGGGCCACCGUGGUUGACCAAACCACGCUGAUGAAGAAAUACCUCCAGUUUGUGGCAGCUCUCACGGAUGUGAACACACCUGAUGAAACAAAGUUAAAAAUGAUGCAAGAAGUUAGCGAGAAUUUUGAGAAUGUGACAUCGUCGCCUCAGUACUCUACAUUCCUGGAACAUAUCAUCCCGCGGUUUCUCACCUUUCUUCAGGACGGAGAAGUCCAGUUUCUUCAGGAGAAGCCGGCCCAGCAACUGCGGAAACUAGUACUGGAGAUAAUUCAUAGAAUACCAACCAAUGAACAUCUUCGUCCUCAUACAAAAAAUGUUUUGUCUGUGAUGUUUCGCUUUUUAGAGACGGAAAAUGAAGAAAAUGUUCUUAUUUGCCUAAGAAUAAUUAUUGAGCUGCAUAAACAGUUCCGGCCACCAAUCACACAAGAAAUUCAUCAUUUUUUGGAUUUUGUGAAACAGAUUUACAAGGAGCUUCCAAAAGUAGUGAACCGCUACUUUGAGAACCCGCAGGUGAUCCCCGAGAACACGGUCCCACCCCCAGAAAUGGUUGGUAUGAUCACGACCAUCGCUGUGAAGGUGAAUCCUGAGCGGGAGGACAGCGAGACACGCACGCACUCCGUCAUCCCCAGAGGGUCGCUUUCACUGAAGGUGCUGGCAGAGCUGCCCAUCAUUGUUGUGUUGAUGUACCAGCUCUACAAGCUGAAUAUCCACAAUGUUGUCGCUGAGUUUGUGCCUCUCAUUAUGAAUACCAUUGCCAUUCAGGUGUCUGCACAAGCCAGGCAACACAAACUUUACAACAAGGAGCUGUAUGCUGACUUCAUUGCUGCCCAGAUUAAAACUUUGUCAUUUCUAGCUUAUAUCAUCAGAAUUUACCAGGAGCUGGUGACCAAGUACUCCCAGCAGAUGGUGAAAGGCAUGCUACAGUUACUUUCAAAUUGUCCAGCAGAGACCGCACACCUCCGAAAGGAACUCCUGAUCGCUGCAAAACACAUCCUUACCACGGAGCUACGAAACCAGUUCAUUCCAUGCAUGGAUAAGCUGUUUGAUGAGUCCAUACUGAUCGGUUCGGGAUACACGGCUCGGGAGACCCUGAGGCCGCUCGCCUACAGCACGCUGGCCGACCUCGUGCACCACGUCCGCCAGCACCUGCCCCUCAGUGACCUCUCCCUCGCCGUCCAACUCUUUGCCAAGAACAUUGAUGAUGAGUCCCUGCCCAGCAGCAUCCAGACCAUGUCCUGCAAACUCCUCCUGAACCUGGUAGACUGCAUCCGCUCCAAGAGCGAGCAGGAGAGCGGCAAUGGGAGAGACGUGCUGAUGCGCAUGCUCGAGGUUUUCGUUCUCAAGUUCCACACCAUUGCUCGGUACCAGCUUGCUGCCAUUUUUAAGAAGUGCAAGCCUCAGUCAGAACUUGGAGCUGUGGAAGCAGCCCUGCCCGGGGUGCCCACAGCCCCGGCAGCCCCGGGGCCCGCCCCAGCCCCACCCCCUCCCACCCCAGCCACCCCUGUGACCCCCGCCCCUGUGCCGCCCUUUGAGAAGCAAGGAGAAAAGGAUAAGGAAGACAAGCAGACGUUCCAGGUCACCGACUGCCGAAGUUUGGUCAAGACGCUGGUGUGUGGCGUCAAGACCAUCACGUGGGGCAUAACGUCGUGUAAAGCGCCUGGUGAAGCUCAGUUCAUCCCCAACAAGCAGUUACAGCCCAAGGAGACGCAGAUCUACAUCAAGCUCGUCAAGUACGCCAUGCAAGCUUUGGACAUCUAUCAGGUCCAGAUAGCGGGAAACGGACAGACCUAUAUUCGUGUAGCCAACUGCCAGACCGUUAGAAUGAAGGAGGAGAAGGAGGUGCUGGAGCACUUUGCCGGCGUGUUCACCAUGAUGAAUCCCUUAACGUUCAAAGAAAUCUUUCAAACUACUGUCCCUUACAUGGUGGAAAGGAUCUCAAAAAAUUACGCUCUUCAGAUUGUCGCCAAUUCCUUCUUGGCAAAUCCAACUACCUCUGCCCUGUUCGCUACCAUUCUGGUGGAGUACCUCCUGGACCGCCUGCCGGAGAUGGGCUCCAACGUGGAGCUCUCCAACCUGUACCUCAAGCUGUUCAAGUUGGUCUUUGGCUCCGUCUCCCUGUUUGCAGCUGAAAACGAGCAGAUGCUGAAGCCUCAUCUGCACAAGAUCGUGAACAGCUCGAUGGAGCUUGCGCAGACUGCCAAGGAGCCCUACAACUACUUCCUGCUGCUCCGGGCGCUCUUCCGCUCUAUUGGUGGGGGUAGCCAUGACCUCCUGUACCAGGAGUUCCUACCCCUGCUCCCAAACCUCCUGCAAGGUCUGAACAUGCUGCAGAGCGGCCUGCACAAACAGCACAUGAAGGACCUCUUCGUGGAGCUGUGUCUCACAGUGCCUGUGAGGCUGAGCUCUCUGCUGCCCUAUCUGCCCAUGCUGAUGGAUCCCCUGGUGUCCGCGCUCAAUGGCUCUCAGACGUUGGUCAGCCAAGGCUUGCGGACUCUGGAGCUGUGUGUGGACAAUCUGCAGCCCGAUUUCCUCUACGACCACAUUCAGCCAGUGCGCGCUGAGCUCAUGCAGGCUCUAUGGCGCACUUUACGCAACCCUGCCGACAGCAUCUCUCAUGUGGCCUACCGUGUGCUGGGGAAGUUUGGCGGCAGUAAUCGGAAGAUGCUGAAGGAAUCUCAGAAGCUGCACUACGUUGUGACUGAAGUUCAAGGCCCUAGCAUCACUGUGGAGUUUCCUGACUGCAAAGCGUCUCUGCAGCUCCCCAUGGAGAAGGCCAUUGAAACCGCUCUGGACUGCCUGAAGAGUGCCAACACAGAGCCCUACUACCGGCGGCAGGCAUGGGAGGUGAUCAGGUGUUUCCUGGUGGCCAUGAUGAGCCUGGAGGACAACAAGCACGCGCUGUACCAGCUCCUGGCCCACCCCAACUUCACGGAGAAGACCAUCCCCAGUGUCAUCAUUUCCCAUCGCUACAAGGCUCAGGACACGCCGGCUCGGAAGACGUUUGAGCAGGCCCUGACCGGGGCCUUCAUGUCGGCCGUCAUCAAGGAUCUGCGGCCCAGCGCCCUGCCCUUUGUGGCCAGCCUUAUUCGCCAUUACACCAUGGUGGCUGUGGCCCAGCAGUGUGGUCCAUUCUUGCUGCCUUGCUACCAGGUGGGCAGCCAGCCCAGCACUGCCAUGUUCCACAGUGAAGAGAAUGGGUCCAAGGGGAUGGACCCUCUGGUUCUUAUUGACGCCAUAGCUAUUUGCAUGGCCUAUGAGGAAAAGGAGCUGUGCAAAAUCGGAGAGGUGGCCUUAGCCGUGAUCUUUGAUGUCGCGAGCAUCAUCCUGGGCUCCAAGGAGAGGGCGUGCCAGCUGCCUCUGUUCUCCUACAUCGUGGAGCGCUUGUGCGCGUGUUGUUACGAGCAGGCUUGGUAUGCGAAGCUGGGCGGUGUGGUGUCCAUCAAGUUCCUCAUGGAGCGGCUUCCUCUCACCUGGGUUCUGCAGAACCAGCAGACAUUCCUCAAAGCGCUCCUCUUUGUCAUGAUGGACCUGACUGGAGAGGUUUCCAAUGGGGCCGUGGCCAUGGCCAAGACCACCCUGGAACAGCUCCUGAUGAGAUGUGCGACUCCCUUGAAGGACGAGGAGCGGGCCGAGGAGAUCGUAGCGGCCCAGGAAAAGUCUUUCCACCACGUGACCCAUGAUCUGGUGCGAGAAGUCACCUCUCCAAACUCCACCGUGAGAAAGCAGGCUAUGCACUCCCUGCAGGUAUUGGCCCAGGUCACUGGGAAAAGUGUGACGGUGAUCAUGGAGCCCCACAAAGAGGUGCUGCAGGACAUGGUCCCGCCCAAGAAGCACUUGCUGCGCCACCAGCCUGCCAACGCGCAGAUCGGCCUCAUGGAGGGCAACACAUUCUGCACCACGUUGCAGCCCCGACUCUUCACCAUGGACCUGAACGUGGUGGAGCAUAAGGUGUUCUACACAGAGCUGCUGAACUUGUGUGAGGCCGAAGACUCUGCUCUGACAAAGCUGCCUUGUUAUAAAAGCCUCCCGUCGCUUGUACCCCUGCGAAUCGCAGCCCUGAAUGCACUCGCAGCCUGCAACUACCUUCCUCAGUCCAGAGAGAAGAUCAUCGCUGCACUCUUCAAAGCCCUCAAUUCCACCAACAGUGAGCUGCAGGAGGCCGGGGAAGCCUGCAUGAGAAAGUUUCUAGAAGGCGCGACCAUAGAAGUGGAUCAGAUUCACACCCACAUGCGCCCUCUGUUGAUGAUGCUGGGAGAUUAUCGGAGCCUCACCCUGAAUGUUGUGAAUCGGCUGACGUCCGUCACGAGGCUCUUCCCUAAUUCCUUCAAUGAUAAAUUUUGUGAUCAGAUGAUGCAACAUCUGCGCAAGUGGAUGGAGGUGGUUGUCAUCACCCAUAAAGGGGGCCAGAGGAGCGACGGAAACGAGAUGAAGAUCUGUUCGGCCAUUAUCAACCUUUUCCACCUGAUCCCAGCUGCGCCUCAGACCCUGGUGAAGCCUUUGUUAGAGGUUGUCAUGAAAACGGAGCGGGCCAUGUUAAUUGAGGCGGGCAGUCCUUUCCGAGAGCCCUUGAUCAAGUUCCUGACUCGGCACCCUUCGCAGACAGUGGAGCUGUUCAUGAUGGAAGCCACUCUGAAUGACCCUCAGUGGAGCAGGAUGUUCAUGAGUUUCUUGAAGCACAAGGAUGCCAAGCCCCUGCGGGACGUGCUGGCUGCCAACCCCAACAGGUUCAUCACGCUGCUUCUGCCGGGCGGCGCACAGACAGCCGUGCGCCCCGGCUCGCCCAGCACCAUGCGCCUGGACCUCCAGUUCCAGGCUAUCAAGAUCAUAAGCAUCAUAGUUAAGAAUGACGACUCUUGGCUGGCCAAUCAGCAUUCUCUGGUGAGCCAGCUGCGUCGCGUCUGGAUCAGUGAGGCCUUUCAGGAAAGACACCGCAAGGAGAAUAUGGCGGCCACCAACUGGAAGGAGCCAAAGCUGCUGGCCUAUUGUCUGCUCAACUACUGCAAACGGAACUACGGAGACAUAGAACUGCUGUUCCAGUUGCUGCGAGCCUUCACUGGCCGUUUUCUCUGCAACAUGACAUUCCUGAAAGAGUAUAUGGAGGAAGAAAUUCCCAAAAAUUAUAGCAUCGCCCAGAAACGUGCCCUGUUUUUUCGCUUUGUAGACUUCAACGACCCCAACUUUGGCGAUGAACUGAAGGCCAAGGUUCUGCAGCAUAUCUUGAAUCCGGCUUUCUUGUACAGCUUUGAGAAGGGGGAAGCAGAGCAGCUCUUGGGACCUCCCAACCCAGAGGGAGACAACCCAGAGAGCAUCACCAGCGUGUUCAUCACCAAGGUCCUCGACCCAGAGAAGCAGGCGGACAUGCUGGACUCGCUGAGGAUCUACCUGCUGCAGUACGCCACGCUGUUGGUGGAGCACGCCCCGCACCACAUCCACGACAACAACAAGAACCGCAACAGCAAGCUGCGUCGCCUCAUGACCUUCGCAUGGCCCUGCCUGCUCUCCAAGGCCUGCGUGGAUCCUGCCUGCAAGUACAGCGGACACUUGCUGCUGGCACACAUCAUUGCCAAGUUUGCAAUACAUAAGAAAAUCGUCCUUCAGGUGUUCCACAGUCUGCUCAAGGCCCAUGCCAUGGAAGCACGCGCCAUUGUCAGACAGGCGAUGGCCAUUUUGACACCUGCAGUGCCUGCCCGGAUGGAGGACGGACACCAGAUGCUGACCCACUGGACCCGGAAGAUCAUCGUGGAAGAGGGGCACACGGUUCCGCAGCUCGUUCACAUCCUACACUUGAUAGUGCAGCACUUUAAGGUGUACUACCCGGUGCGCCACCACCUGGUACAGCACAUGGUGAGCGCCAUGCAGAGGCUUGGCUUCACGCCCAGCGUCACCAUCGAGCAGAGGAGGCUGGCCGUGGACCUGUCAGAGGUUGUCAUCAAGUGGGAGCUCCAGAGGAUCAAAGACCAGCAGCCGGAUUCAGAUGUGGACCCCAGUGCCAGUGGAGAAGGCGUCACAUCUGUGUCGUCGUCCAUCAAAAGGGGCCUGUCAGUGGACUCUGCACAGGAAGUGAAGCGCUUCCGGACGGCUACUGGCGCCAUUAGCGCGGUGUUCGGGCGGAGCCAGUCAUUGCCGGGAGCUGACUGUCUUCUGUCCAAGCCCAUUGACAAGCAGCACACAGACACCGUGGUGAACUUCCUCAUCCGUGUGGCCUGUCAGGUCAACGACAACACCAACACGGCUGGGUCCCCUGGGGAGGUGCUGUCUCGCCGAUGUGUCAACCUCCUCAAGACCGCCUUGCGCCCAGACAUGUGGUCCAAGUCUGAACUUAAGCUGCAGUGGUUCGACAAGCUGCUGAUGACUGUGGAGCAGCCAAAUCAGGUGAACUACGGGAACGUUUGCACGGGGCUGGAGCUGCUGAGCUUCCUGCUGACAGUAUUGCAGUCGUCUGCCAUCCUCAGCAGCUUUAAGCCCCUGCAGCGCGGGAUUGCUGCCUGCAUGGCGUGCGGCAGCACCAAGGUGCUGCGAGCUGUGCACAGCCUCCUCUCACGCCUCAUGAGCAUCUUCCCCACAGAGCCGAGUACUUCCAGCGUGGCGUCCAAGUACGAAGAGCUCGAGUGUCUGUAUGCGGCUGUUGGGAAGGUCAUCUAUGAAGGACUCACCAGCUACGAGAAGGCCGCCAGUGCUAACCCCUCGCAGCUCUUCGGGACUCUCAUGAUUCUCAAGUCCGCCUGCAGCAACAACCCGAGCUACAUAGACAGGCUGAUCUCGGUGUUCAUGCGCUCCCUGCAGAAGAUGGUACGAGAGCAUCUUAGUCCACAGACGGCGGCGGGGAGCACCGAUGCAGCCUCAGGGACGAGUGAGCUGGUGAUGCUGAGCCUGGAGCUGGUGAAGACACGCCUGGCCGUGAUGAGCAUGGAAAUGCGCAAGAACUUCAUCCAGGCCAUCCUCACGUCGCUCAUUGAGAAGUCGCCUGACGCCAAGAUCCUCCGCGCCGUGGUGAAGAUCGUGGAAGAGUGGGUGAAGAGCAGCUCCCCGAUGGCAGCCAACCAGACGCCAACGCUCCGGGAGAAGUCCAUCUUGCUUGUGAAAAUGAUGACCUACAUAGAAAAACGCUUUCCAGAAGACCUGGAGUUAAAUGCCCAGUUUUUAGACCUUGUUAAUUAUGUGUACAGGGACGAGACGCUGUCAGGCAGCGAGUUGACUGCCAAGCUCGAGCCUGCUUUUCUUUCCGGGCUGCGAUGUGCCCAGCCUCUCAUCCGGGCCAAGUUCUUUGAGGUUUUUGACAACUCGAUGAAGCGUCGGGUCUAUGAGCGUCUGCUGUAUGUGACCUGCUCCCAGAACUGGGAGGCCAUGGGAAACCACUUUUGGAUCAAGCAGUGCAUUGAGCUCCUCCUGGCCGUGUGUGAGAAAAGCACGCCCAUUGGUACCAGCUGCCAGGGGGCCAUGCUCCCGGCCAUCACCAACGUCAUCAACCUGGCCGACAGUCAUGACCGAGCCGCGUUCGCCAUGGUCACGCAUGUCAAGCAGGAGCCUCGGGAACGGGAGAACAGCGAGUCCAAAGAGGAGGAUGUAGAGAUAGAUAUUGAACUGGCUCCUGGAGAUCAGACCAGCACGCCCAAAACCAAAGAACUUUCCGAAAAGGACAUUGGGAACCAGCUGCAUAUGUUGACCAACAGACACGACAAGUUUCUUGAUACCCUGCGGGAGGUGAAGACCGGGGCACUGCUCAGUGCCUUUGUGCAGCUGUGUCACAUCUCCACCACGCUGGCUGAGAAGACCUGGAUCCAGCUGUUCCCCAGACUGUGGAAAAUCCUCUCUGACAGACAGCAGCACGCUCUGGCAGGGGAGAUCAGCCCGUUCCUGUGCAGCGGCAGCCACCAGGUGCAGCGUGACUGUCAGCCCAGUGCGCUGAACUGCUUUGUGGAGGCCAUGUCCCAGUGCGUGCCCCCAAUCCCUAUCAGGCCGUGCGUCCUCAAGUACCUGGGCAAGACGCACAACCUGUGGCUGCGGUCCACACUCAUGCUGGAGCACCAGGCCUUCGAGAAGGGCCUGAGCCUGCAGAUGAAGCCAAAGCAGACGGCCGAGUUCUAUGAGCAGGAGAGCAUCACGCCGCCCCAGCAGGAGAUCCUGGAUUCCCUUGCCGAGCUCUACUCCCUGCUGCAGGAGGAGGACAUGUGGGCUGGGCUGUGGCAGAAGCGCUGCAAGUACUCGGAGACGGCCACGGCCAUCGCUUAUGAGCAGCAUGGCUUUUUUGAGCAGGCACAGGAGUCGUAUGAAAAGGCAAUGGAUAAAGCCAAGAAGGAACACGAGCGGAGUAACGCGUCCCCAGCCGUCUUCCCCGAGUACCAGCUCUGGGAGGACCACUGGAUCCGGUGCUCGAAAGAGUUGAACCAGUGGGAGGCCUUGACGGAGUACGGCCAGUCCAAAGGACACAUCAACCCCUACCUGGUCCUGGAGUGCGCGUGGCGUGUGUCCAACUGGACUGCCAUGAAGGAGGCACUGGUGCAGGUGGAAGUAAGCUGCCCGAAAGAAAUGGCUUGGAAGGUCAAUAUGUACCGAGGAUACCUGGCCAUCUGCCACCCUGAGGAGCAGCAGCUCAGCUUCAUCGAGCGCCUGGUGGAGAUGGCCAGCAGCCUGGCCAUUCGCGAGUGGCGACGGCUGCCCCACGUCGUGUCCCACGUGCACACACCUCUUCUGCAGGCAGCCCAGCAAAUCAUUGAACUGCAGGAAGCUGCUCAAAUAAAUGCUGGUCUGCAGCCGAGCAACCUGGGCAGGAACAACAGCCUGCACGACAUGAAGACGGUGGUGAAGACUUGGAGGAACCGGCUGCCCAUCGUGUCAGAUGACUUGUCGCACUGGAGCAGCAUCUUCAUGUGGCGGCAGCACCAUUACCAGGGUAAACCGACCUGGUCCGGCAUGCAUCCAUCAUCUAUUGUAACUGCUUAUGAAAAUAGUUCCCAGCAUGAUCCGAGUUCAAAUAACGCCAUGCUUGGGGUUCACGCAUCAGCUUCAGCCAUCAUCCAGUAUGGAAAGAUUGCCCGGAAGCAAGGAUUGGUCAAUGUGGCUCUGGAUAUACUGAGUCGCAUUCAUACCAUUCCGACCGUUCCCAUAGUGGACUGCUUCCAGAAGAUUCGACAGCAAGUCAAGUGCUACCUGCAGCUGGCAGGAGUGAUGGGCAAAAACGAGUGCAUGCAGGGCCUUGAAGUUAUUGAGUCUACAAACUUAAAAUACUUCACCAAAGAGAUGACAGCCGAGUUUUACGCGCUGAAGGGGAUGUUUUUGGCCCAGAUCAACAAGUCUGAGGAAGCCAACAAGGCCUUCUCGGCGGCCGUGCAGAUGCAUGACGUGCUGGUGAAGGCGUGGGCCAUGUGGGGCGACUACCUCGAGAACAUCUUCGUGAAGGAGCGCCAGCUGCACCUCGGGGUGUCUGCCAUCACCUGCUACCUGCAUGCCUGUCGCCAUCAGAACGAGAGCAAGUCAAGGAAAUACCUGGCCAAGGUGCUGUGGCUUUUGAGUUUUGAUGAUGACAAAAACACCCUGGCAGACGCCGUGGACAAGUACUGCAUUGGGGUGCCUCCCAUCCAGUGGCUGGCCUGGAUCCCCCAGCUGCUCACCUGCCUGGUGGGCUCCGAGGGCAAGCUGCUUCUGAACCUCAUCAGCCAGGUUGGACGUGUGUACCCCCAAGCCGUCUACUUCCCCAUCCGGACCCUGUACCUGACCCUGAAAAUAGAGCAGCGGGAGCGCUAUAAGAGCGAUUCUGGACAGCAGCAGCCAAGUUCAGUGGGUAACCAGUCCCAUUCUGCAUCAGAUCCAGGGCCCAUAAGAGCGACAGCACCGAUGUGGCGCUGCAGCCGAAUCAUGCACAUGCAGCGAGAGCUCCACCCCACCCUUCUGUCUUCCCUGGAGGGCAUCGUCGAUCAGAUGGUCUGGUUCCGAGAAAACUGGCACGAGGAGGUCCUCCGACAGCUGCAGCAGGGCCUGGCCAAGUGCUACUCGGUGGCAUUUGAGAAGAGCGGAGCUGUGUCUGAUGCCAAAAUCACCCCCCACACACUCAACUUCGUCAAGAAGCUGGUGAGCACGUUUGGGGUGGGCCUGGAGAACGUGUCCAAUGUCUCCACUAUGUUCUCCAGCGCCGCCUCCGAGUCUCUGGCCAGGCGGGCACAGGCCACUGCCCAGGACCCCGUCUUCCAGAAGCUCAAGGGCCAGUUCACGACUGAUUUUGACUUCAGUGUUCCGGGCUCCAUGAAGCUGCAUAAUCUGAUCUCUAAGUUGAAAAAGUGGAUCAAGAUCCUGGAGGCCAAAACCAAGCAGCUUCCCAAAUUCUUCCUCAUAGAAGAAAAGUGCCGCUUCCUGAGCAAUUUCUCGGCACAGACAGCUGAGGUGGAAAUCCCAGGGGAGUUCUUGAUGCCCAAGCCAACGCAUUAUUACAUCAAAAUCGCGCGGUUUAUGCCCAGGGUGGAAAUCGUGCAGAAGCACAACACGGCAGCCAGGAGGCUGUACAUCCGUGGGCACAACGGCAAGAUCUACCCAUACCUGGUCAUGAACGACGCCUGCCUCACCGAGUCGAGGCGAGAGGAGCGUGUGCUGCAGCUGCUGCGCCUGCUGAACCCCUGCCUGGAGAAGAGGAAAGAGACCACCAAGAGGCACCUGUUUUUCACGGUGCCCCGGGUCGUGGCUGUGUCCCCGCAGAUGCGCCUCGUCGAGGACAACCCCUCCUCGCUGUCACUCGUGGAGAUCUAUAAGCAGCGCUGUGCCAAGAAGGGCAUCGAGCAUGACAACCCCAUCUCCCGCUACUACGACCGGCUGGCCACUGUGCAGGCGCGGGGCACCCAGGCCAGCCAUCAGGUCCUCCGAGACAUCCUGAAGGAGGUGCAGAGCAACAUGGUGCCGCGCAGCAUGCUCAAGGAGUGGGCGCUGCACACCUUCCCCAACGCCACCGACUACUGGACCUUCCGCAAGAUGUUCACCAUCCAGCUCGCGCUCAUCGGCUUUGCCGAGUUCGUCCUGCACCUCAACAGACUCAACCCCGAGAUGCUGCAGAUUGCUCAGGACACCGGAAAGCUCAAUGUUGCCUACUUCCGAUUUGACAUCAACGACGCGACCGGGGACCUAGACGCCAACCGCCCUGUCCCUUUCCGCCUCACCCCCAACGUCUCCGAGUUCCUGACCACCAUCGGGGUGUCUGGCCCGCUGACUGCCUCCAUGAUCGCCGUGGCACGGUGCUUUGCCCAGCCCAACUUCAAGGUGGACGGCAUUCUCAAGACGGUGCUCCGUGACGAGAUCAUCGCGUGGCACAAGAAGACGCAGGAGGACACCUCGUCGCCGCUGUCGGCCGCAGGGCAGCCCGAGAACAUGGACAGCCAGCAGCUGGUGUCCCUGGUGCAGAAGGCCGUCACGGCCGUCAUGACCCGCCUGCACAACCUGGCCCAGUUCGAGGGCGGGGAGAGCAAGGUGAACACCCUGGUGGCCGCUGCCAACAGCCUGGACAACCUGUGCCGCAUGGACCCUGCCUGGCACCCGUGGCUGUGACCACCCCGGCUCCAGGCUGCUGUGGCUGACUGGAUGGUCGGAGGCCCUCGCCUGUCGGCUCGCUCCCCUGAAGCCACGAGGGGUGGAGCUGCACGGUCGCAGCGCCGUGUCCUGAGGAGUGACGGGGCCGUGGCCGCCCCGAGGAGUGGGGCUUCCCCGUCUGGAGCCGCUCUGUGGCUCUUUUUAUGGUGUUCCUCCCCAUGUGGGGUUGCGGGUUGCACAUACGUGUGUUUUAAAAACCCCUUGAGAAAUAACGGCCGCAGUGGCCCUGCAGCAGCCCCAGGAGACCACCGUGGCGUCCGGCAGCAGGGCGUGGAGACAGCCUGCUGGCCGC